AACGCAAACACAUACGAGUAUAAAAUAAACUUAAUUACUUACAUUUAUACUCUUUUUGUACGUUGCUGGUAGUAGCUAGGAAUAUAUAUACAUAUAUAUAUAUAUAUAUAUGGCUAGUAACGUGUUUGGCAACCCUGUGAGAGGGGGAAGUAGGUCAGAUAGGGCCUACAAGGCCCUGGAGGACAAUAACUUAGACGGAAAGCGUGAUCAGGCAAUUCAAUAUGUCAAGCAUGAGCAACAAAAGUUUGCGGCGCAGGGGGGAGUACUUUGCACACUGACCAUCUUUUAUAAUGCUACAGGUGAGACCUUGUUUUAUGAGGAAGACCACUCCAAGUAUGGGAAGAUCUAUGAUUCGUAUCCGGCUAGAAUUCAGAAUGGUCAGUGGGGUGCGUUCCUGCAUAUAAAAAGGGCUGCCGCGCCAACUGGCUCCGAAGGAUAUGUAGUCUAUCGUGGCAAGUGCAAUAGUACAGACUUUUGCAAGCAGCUAAUUGCUUGGGAUGUCCCUGUGAACCAAGCGCAUGUGGACAACCACGCCUAUUGUGACAUCUAUGCUGAUGAUUACGAUAUCAAUAAGGAUAAGGUGUAUAAAAGAAUGGAAGCUGGUAGCAAACAACGUACAACUACAAAGAAAGGCAUGUGCAUAACAUCCUCAAUUGAUGAGGGUACUUCUCCUUUGUAUGAAGCACACUUCACUAUUGAAGAUUGAAGAUAU